AUUUAGAUUAUAUGUUACCCGGGUUCUAUAAGUGCUAUAAGUGUUGGACAUCACGUGGGUCCCUUUUUGGCCGAGGUCUCUUUUUUUAACACAACCUUGUUCCAAUGAAGCGCGGCUAUCGCCGGUCUCGGUCGCGGAUUUUCCAGCUGGUCAUUGAAACGGAAGCUUCAAUUAAGGUUAAGGUUAGCCGAAGCUUUGAGAAUCCCGACAAGACAAGAAACAUAAAGGCGUCUCUGUUUAUUUUUAUUCUACAUAGACGGCCAGCAUAAGCUGCCAACAUUUUUUUUUCUUCCUUCGCCAUGUCUGCACUGCGCAUCCUCGUGCCCGUAAAACGGGUAAUCGACUAUGCGGUCAAACCGCGAGUCAACAAGACGCAGACGGGCGUGGAGACGGCGGGCGUGAAGCACUCGAUGAACCCGUUCGACGAGCUGUCGGUGGAGGAGUCGGUGCGGAUCCGGGAGAAGAAUUCGGCGCCGGGCGGCGUCGAGGACAUAUGCGUGAUAUCGGCGGGGCCUCCCAAGGCCGUGGACGUGCUGCGGACGGCGAUGGCCAUGGGCGCCGACCGCGCCAUCCACGUGGAGGUCAAGGAAGGGGAGGAGGAGCCGCUCGAGCCGCUGACGGUGGCCAAGAUGCUGAAGGCCGCCGUCGAGCGGGAGAAGAGCAACCUCGUGAUCCUCGGGAAGCAGAGCAUCGACGACGACGCCGCCCAGACCGGCCAGAUGCUCGCCGGCCUGCUGGGCUGGCCCCAGGCCACGCAGGCGAGCCGCGUCGCGUUCGGCGCGGCCGGCGACACGGUGGAGGUCACCAAGGAGGUGGACGGCGGCGUGGAGACGGUGCGGGCUAAGCUGCCGAUGGUCAUCACGACGGAUCUGCGCCUCAACGACCCGCGCUACGUGAACUUACCGAAUAUCAUGAAGGCGAAGAAGAAGCCGCUUGUGAAGAUGAGCUUGAGCGACCUGGGCGUGACGAACGAGAGGAGGCUGAAGGUUGUUAAGGUUACAGAACCGCCGCCGAGAGAAGGUGGUGGCAAGGUCGAGGACGUGGACGGGUUUAUCUCCAAGUUGAAAGAGCUGGGGGCGAUAUGACCAACAAUUAGAGUAUGAAUAUAUGUGUUAUACUAUAUUGUUUACGACGAAUGAAACCCAGCUACGCAAGUGUUUAUAUUCUACCUACCAAUGGGCUACGAAAGGGUACCAAGGUCCAGAUAGGCACUUCCGCAUACUGAGAAAGUCUUCAGGUAUAUACGAAGACGUGUAUACAUAACAUACUAUGUAAUAGCUUGGUAGUGGAUUCUAUCCGAUUCUCGUAAAACGAGUAAUAUCGUACAUGGUACCGCACGCUCAUAUGGCUAAAGGGUUGGGUUUCAAAAUGUUGUUUUUUUUUUUUUUCGUGGGCACAUGGUUAAUUUAUGUACGUUUUAGGUGCGUGGCGGAAGGGAAGAGGUUAUAGAUGCAUUGGAACUGACUAAUAUGUACUACCAUAAUAUUGGAAUAUCAAUAUCCUCAUAGUAUAUAUUGUACGUAGUAUAGCAUAGCAAACCUUAGGAAGUACCUAGGCUAGGUAGACAGUGG